CCCAGUUCCGUAUGAAAUACAUGUGUUUGUACCUCAUGCUGGUUUUAUGCGUGUCGAACGGCCAUUGGUCAUCGUCUUUGCGGGAUGGAUGGGAGGUGAUAGUCUCAGAACUCCCUCCCUUCAUGAUGUGUGGAGAGAGAUAUGACUCGCCACCCUUCCUUCUUGCAAAUGACUGACUUAGGGUCAGCUACUUCCGUGUUAGACCAGAAGAGUGGGCUUGGUUAUCGCACGUCUCCCAGCGCAAUUUUUUUGAUAUUCGUCGUAAUUCCAACGUUCUGGUGCGGCUCCCGCGGUGGCUCGGACGUGGUGCCCGCGCUCGACUCGCUAUGUAUCCUAAUACCUGGUCACUGGUUGUCAAGAGGCCGUCGUGAGAAAAAAACGUCAACUCAAAAACGUACCGCCACAGGGACGCCAAGUCGAGGGAUUCGAUUGGGUUUCUAGGCAUAUUGUGGGACUUGCGGCGAGCCGCUGGGCUCAACGAUGGGACUUGGGAGGGAGGGGGGUGGGUUUCCCUCUGUAUCUCCUUUGGGGCGAUGCUGAUGCGGGCCAUCGUGGUCGUGCGCACUGUAAAUAGUAAAACGAUGGUAAGCCUUCCCCCUUGAGACUUGUUGCCUGACCCCUGGCAAUGAGCGCUCAUUUGAGGCACGUCGUCAAUAGCGAUGGACACGAAACAACGAGUGUGCUGGGCCUCAACUGACGCUCGAAAGGACGUUGUCCGACGACCUCCGAAUGAGCAUAAUUUCCACAGUCCAUCACAUCAGGCCGCCGAUGAAUCACUGGGAUACGCCUAUUACCC